AUGUUUCUGCAGGAUGAUGAAAACUGGCUGGGUCGGGAUGAUGAGCCGCUGACUGGGUUCUCUUGGAGAGGGGGCUCAGAACCAGAGACGACUGGCAUCCAGCUGUGGAGUGAAGUGUUCCUCAUCCCAAAGAGUGAUGGAUCAGAGGUGGCAGUAGUGUUGAUGGACACUCAGGGGGCUUUCGAUGACGAGUCCACCGUGAAGGACUGCGCCACCAUCUUUGCCCUCAGCACCAUGACCAGCUCGAUACAGAUCUACAAUCUGUCCCAGAACAUUCAGGAGGACGACCUGCAGCAGCUACAGUUGUUCACGGAGUAUGGUCGUCUUGCCAUGGAUGAAAUCUUUCAGAAACCUUUUCAGUCUUUGAUGUUCCUCAUCAGGGAUUGGAGCUUUCCCUAUGAAUACACUUAUGGGUUUAAAGGAGGCAAUCAGUUCCUGGAUAAACGGUUACAGGUUAAGGAGGCCCAGCAUGAGGAGCUGCAAACAGUGAGGGAGCACAUCCACUCAUGCUUCACCAAAAUUUCCUGCUUCUUGUUACCUCACCCUGGGUUGAGGGUGGCCACCAGCCCUUCUUUUCGAGGACAACUUAGUGAUGUGGCGCCAGAGUUCAAAGAAGAGCUGGGGAGACUGAUUCCUAAACUGCUACAUCCAGACUAUCUGGCUGAGAAAGAGAUCAAUGGAAACAAAGUCACUUGCAGAGGCCUGCUUGAGUUGUUCAAGGCUUACAUCAAGAUUUACCAGGGAGAACAAUUACCAGAGCCAAAGACUAUGCUCAUGGCUACAGCAGAGGCCAACAACCUGGCAGCUGUGGCGACCGCCAAAGAUCAAUAUUACAAAAACAUGGAGAAGAUGUGUGGGGGCGACCUGCCCUAUGUGGCUCCUGAAUCUCUGGAGGAGAAGCACCACUUUUACUUCCAAGAGGCUCUUCACAGCUUCUCGUCCACUAAGAAAAUGGGCGGAAAGGAGUUUUGUGACCGUUACCAAGCACAGCUGGAACAGCAGCUGAAGGAGAUGUGGGAGUCAUUCAGCAAACACAAUGAGUCAAAAAAUAUCUUCAGCGCCUUCCGGACGCCUGCAGUGUUGUUUGUCCUGGUGUGCCUCCUGUACUUGGUGUCGGGUGUGUUUCUCUUUGUCGGCCUGUCAAGCUUCGCCUUGGUGUGCGACUGUACUCUGGGCAUGGCCAUGGUGGCCAUGUUGAUGUGGGCCUUCAUCCGCUUCUCUGGUCGGUACCGGAAUGUGGGAGGAGCCAUUGACCAGGCUGCAGGUGUCGUCCUGGAGCAGGCCACCAUGCUGCUGAACAAGUCAAGAGAGACGAGCGCUGGUAACAAGAAGAAAUCCAGUUAAAAAAAAAACCCAACAACCUCUGAACGAUCAUAAUCUCGAUCCAGUGCAAUCAGCACAGCACACAAGCAAACAUUAAGCACUAAAGCCUUAUCCUGCUACCUGCUGACACAAACAUGCAGCUGAAGCACAUUGACACAGGUUUCACCAGCAUCUCUGUUAUUACACACAUCAAUCUGCCAUAGAUUUGAUACUGCAAAUUGACAGUCAUCAUUUUACGAGUUUACAAUUGAUCUUAAAAGACAAGUCAGUGUUUGCCUUUAAAUUUAUAAAGUACUUUAUUUUUUAUUUCAUGGCUAUGUAUUUCUCAGUUGGGGGUAGUCAGGGUGCUUUUUCAAGCAAAGUUUAAUUACCUUUAAAAAUUCUGGCUAGUAAGCGUAUACAUUUCUAUAUAUUUCUUUGUUUGUUUGUUUUUUUUGUUUGUUUUUUUUCACUCACUUGCCUUAAAACAUUCCAUUCAGUUUGUGGAUUUGCUUUAUAUUAGAGGAGGGUUCACACUUUGACACUUUGUUGAGUGCAGAAGCUUUUUAAAUGCU